CCACUCAUCGUUCACAGACACAGAAAUCUCCAUAUUGUGACUCCAUGAUUACUAUAUUAUACUUCAGUCUGGCACAGGUGUACCGGCUCCUCCCCUUCAGUCUUGCACAGGUGUUACGGCUCCUCCCCUUCAGUCUUGCACAGGUGUACCGGCUCCUCCCCUUCAGUCUUGCACAGGUGUACCGGCUCCUCCCCUUCAGUCUUGCACAGUUGUACCGGCUCCUCCCCUUCAGUCUUGCACAGUUGUACUGGCCCCUCCCCUUCAGUCUUGCACAGUUGUACUGGCUCCUCCCCUUCAGUCUUGCACAGGUGUACCUGCUCCUCCCCUUCAGUCUUGCACGGUGUACCAGCUCCUCCCCUUCAGUCUUGCACAGGUGUACCGGCUCCUCCCCUUCAGUCUUGCACAGUUGUACCGGCUCCUCCCCUUCAGUCUUGCACAGUUGUACUGGCCCCUCCCCUUCAGUCUUGCACAGUUGUACUGGCUCCUCCCCUUCAGUCUUGCACAGGUGUACCUGCUCCUCC